GCCCUCCAGGAUCCUGCCGCCUGCGUGUCAGCACCCCGGCGCUGAAGGCCUGCAGCCUUCCAGCUCUCUCCGAAAGCCGGAUCCAGUUCGCAGGUCUAGCGGCUUGCAGGGGUCCUGCGGGCGGAAGUGAGAAGGGAGCGUGGGAGGAGGCUGCAGGCUGGGGGUUGGGAUAUCCUCCCUGCCUGACACCGCCCGGGAGCCUCGGAGCGAGGAUUGCGGCCGCCUUCCGAUGCCUGGCGGGCGGGAGCCGGGCCUUUUGUGUCGCUGCGGGUGACAAGGACAGGACCGCUGCUUUGGGGGAGAAAGUCUGAGUCGUAGCCUCCGGGCACUGAGGAGGGACUCCCUGGGGGGCUUCGCAGUGACCCAGUUAGGCCGGGCGAGCGCGGGAGCGGGCGACCCUUCGCCUCCCUCCUCCCGGGCCGCCAUCCCUCUGCGCGCCCAACCCGGAACCCCGCGAGUGAACCCGCGAGUGCGUGGGGGCGGGGAGGAGAGCGGCAGAUCUGGCGGGACGACCCUCAGCCCCCGGCCUCCCAACCAUGUCCGCCGAGGAGGUGGUGCAGAUCCGCCUGGAGGACCGCUGCUACCCGGUGAGCAAAAGGAAGCUCAUCGAGCAGAGCGACUACUUCCGCGCCCUCUACCGCUCCGGCAUGCGCGAGGCCCUGAGCCAGGAGGCCGGCGGCCCCGAGGUGCAGCAGCUGCGCGGCCUUAGCGCCCUGGGCCUGCGACUGGUGCUGGAUUUCAUCAACGCCGGCGGGGCUCGCGAAGGCUGGCUCCUGGGCCCACGGGGGGAGAAGGGUGGGGGGGUAGAGGAGGACGAGGACAUGGACGAGGUAAGCCUGCUGUCCGAGCUGGUGGAAGCAGCCUCCUUCCUGCAGGUCACGUCCCUGCUGCAGCUUCUGUUGUCCCAAGUACGGCUCAACAACUGCCUGGAGAUGUAUCGCCUGGCCCAGGUGUACGGGCUGCCCGACCUGCAGGAGGCCUGCCUGCGCUUCAUGGUUAUCCACUUCCACGAGGUGCUGUGCAAACCCCAGUUCCACCUUCUGGGGUCGCCUUCUCAAACCCCAGGGGACAUCAGCCUCAAGCAGAGGCUGAGGGAUGGCCGGAUGACUGGGACUCCGGUCCUUGUGGCCCUGGGGGACUUUUUGGGGGGACCCCUGGCCCCGCAUCCGUACCAGGGUGAGCCCCCAUCCAUGCUCAGGUACGAGGAGAUGACUGAACGUUGGUUCCCGCUGGCCAACAACCUUCCUCCUGACCUGGUGAAUGUCAGGGGGUAUGGGUCUGCCAUCUUGGACAACUACCUCUUCAUAGUGGGCGGGUACAGGAUCACAUGCCAGGAGAUCUCUGCUGCGCAUUCCUACAACCCUAGCACCAAUGAGUGGCUCCAGGUGGCCUCCAUGAACCAGAAGAGGUCCAACUUCAAACUCGUGGCUGUUAAUUCAAAACUUUAUGCCAUUGGUGGGCAGGCUGUUUCUAACGUUGAGUGUUACAGUCCAGAGCAGGAUACGUGGAAUUUUGUGGCACCCUUACCGAAUCCUCUGGCUGAGUUCUCUGCGUGUGAGUGUCAGGGAAAAAUUUAUGUCAUUGGAGGAUAUACUACCAGAGACCGGAACAUGAACAUUUUGCAGUACUGCCCCUCUUCGGACAUCUGGACACUGUUUGAAACAUGUGAUGUCCACAUUCGCAAACAGCAGAUGGUGUCUGUGGAGGAGACCAUUUACAUCGUGGGAGGGUGUCUCCACGAACUGGGGCCCACCUGGAGGAGCAGCCAGAGCGAGGACAUGCUCACCGUGCAGUCCUACAACACUGUCACCCGGCAGUGGCUCUACCUCAAGGAGAACACAUCCAAAUCGGGGCUUAACUUGACUUGCGCGCUCCACAAUGAUGGCAUCUACAUCAUGAGCAGGGACGUUACCUUAUCAACCAGCCUGGAACAUCGCGUUUUCCUCAAGUACAACAUCUUUUCAGAUAGUUGGGAAGCAUUUAGGCGUUUCCCAGCCUUUGGACAUAACUUGCUGGUUUCCUCUCUUUAUCUGCCCAAUAAGAUAGAAACAUGACUGAACUAAUUUAGUAUUUAAGAGAAACCUGCUUCAAGACAAAACAAAGAAAAUACAAUGUCCCAUUUCAAGGGAGACUGAUUUGUAAAGGGAAAAUGUGGUAGAUUAGGUCACUGAUACAGCGGCUGUAAAUAAGCUUACUUGAACUAAUUACUUGAAAACUUGUGGAGAAAAGAGACCAACUUUAUUAUUUUUUUAAUUAUGGGAGCAAAUCCACAAUGAUGUUUUUAUCCAAAUCUGUUACUCUUGGGCCAGUGAUUGAAACUGAUCAUCAGAAAGUAGAUUCAUUGUGUCUGCUUAGCAAAGGGCCAAAGUCAAUAACUGGUAUGAAUGGUAAAGAUUAUCUUAGAAUCUGUUUUAUUAAGUCACUUGAAAUAACAUUAAUACCUUAAGUGAGAGUUUUUUUUUUUUUUCUGUCAAUUUACUUGACAAACACUUAUAUUAAUAUCACUAUUCCCCCAGUCGCAACCACAGAUACUCCUAGCUUGUUGAAAAUAGACUUCUGUGUUCACAUGCUUUAUUUGCACACUACUUUUCAGGAAACUUACAGUGAUGGAGCCCUACAGUGAAUCCUUGCAAGUAUCCAGUACUCCCAAAAGCUUGCAUUAAAAACAUUCUUAGCUGUUUUUUUCUAGUCUUUUUUUUUUUUUUUACAAUUAUGAAUGCUAGAAAAAUAGUCUGAUACAACCUUUCAUUUCAGUUAUGUAGCAGAUUGCUGCCUUUCAGAUAAGUUGUGUUGAUAGUCAUUCUAUAUUGUUUAAAAGAGGAUAUAUUGUUUAAAAGGAUAUAUAUAUAUAUAAUUUGAGCUGUAGUCUUGAAUUUAAAUAGGAACGGAACACCAAAUGAGAAAAAAUUUGCCUUUUAUAGUUGUUUAUUGAAUGUGUUUGACUUAGUUUUUACUUUAAGACUGAAAAAAUAACUUCACAUUUCCAAUCAGGCAGCUUUUUAAUUUAAUCUUAACCUUUCAAUUUCUGCUUUGCUUUUGUGGGGCAAGGUGAGGACAGCUGUAAAACACUUGUGCUGGAGAGAAGGGAGGAAGCUUUUAUGGAAGAGGAAUGGCUUCUGGUGAUAUUUCUGAAAUUAGGUAAGGUACUUAAUUUUUGCCUUGGUUGCUAAAUCAGAUAGAAGCCAACUCAAGCAGUUGUUUGCUUGUUUUCAGUAAGUCAGUUAACAAUGAAUGAAAGCCUCUGCCAAUCAUAGAUCAGCAUUCCUUAAAAAAUAGAUAUACACAUGCUUGUGGAAAUUUCAUUUUGAUUGAAAAAACACUUUCUGAAAUUUUCUGACCUUUUUUAUAAGGGAAUUGCUUAGUAAGACUGAACUGGAUUCCAUCUCUCCACUCUUAAUAGUAAGCAGAACCAUUCCAGUUACAGUGUGUGCCUCACUUUAAGAAAGCCCCAUAGAAAAGCAAACUGUCAUGGCAAAUUCAUGCAUUUAACAAAUACUCACUGAGUGCCUCCAGUACGCCAUUCACUGUGCACAUGUAGUUCAGGGGAAUUAGUGGAAUUCUCCAGUUUAUUAAAGUAGUCACCACAGGGCUUGCUUAAAACCUUGGUCUCCUUAUGCUUAAAAUGUGUGCAGUUCAAGUCGAUUCUGACUCAUAGCGAAGCUAUAGGACAGAGUAGAACUGCCCCAUAGGGUUCCCAAGGCUGUAAUUUUUAUGGAAGCAUAUUGCCACAUCUACAGAGCGGAUGGUGGGUUUGAACUACCAGUCUAUUAGUUAGCAGCCAAGCACUUAACCACUGUGCUGUCAGGUAUCCUUAUGCUUAAAAUGAGGGUCUAGUUAUAUGGUAUUUGAACAACUUUUCAGGAACACUUCUGGUAGGUAAAAUGAGGUAAGCCUUUAUUUUGGGGAUGGAGACAUCUUUAUAUCUUGUCACGAAAUGUUAUCAGUGGUUUAUUUACAACCCUAUUUGAGGGUUUCUAAGCCAUAUCCAUUUAUUCUGAAAUACUUAGCCUUUUUUUUUUUUAAACUCUGAACUGAAAUCUUCCCAGAAAUGGUACUUUAAUAAUAGAUUUAUAUUAAUUUAUAUUUGUUGUAGAAUUGAAUUUCCAGUGAUCUACAAUUUCAUUACAUAUAUUUAAAAAUCUAAUUUAUUUUAUAUUUUACAUAGUGUUACCUUUUGUUGCUAUAGAGCUUAAUAUUUUUAAGGCUUACCCCUGUGUAUUCAGAACAUCUUAACCAGCCUAUUUAAUAUAGAGAACCAAUUGGAGAUUAGCUUGUAAAUAACUGCAUUGGAUAAAAUGUAAAUUAUUCCUACCAAAAUGUACUCCAGAUUACAUUUUUUGUGUCCGUUAAUGCCGACAGUUAGAUUUUUGGACCAAGGGAUACUGUGAUCCACAAAACUCUUUUGUAAACCAGGUUUAAUGUACGUGCGUAGGUGCGUAUGUAUGUGUGUGUGUGCGCCUGCAUGUCACAGCUCUCUGAGACGCAGGGGUCUAACAAGGUUCUGUUACUCUGAGCUGGCAGCAGUGCUUGGGAAAGGUGGAAUGUGCAAUGGGGCAGAUCUACAAGUCCUUCUUCCUUCUCUGUAUGUCAGCUGUCAGCUGUGUUGACAUUUUGAGGGUAGCUUUAAUUUACUUAGGAUCUCUUGUUGAUGCCAGUGAUGUGUUGAAGACUACCUAUGAUGAAGGCAAUGUUUCUUGAAAAAUCCCCGCUUGUCUCUAGGACUAUCCUUUACUCUUUGGUAAUAUUUUUGCCAUCCAUUUCUCUAAAUGUGUUAGUCCUGUUUUCUGAGGUACUGCUGAGGGUGCUGACCUCCUCCCACCACGGAAAGGGUGAUUACUGAGAGGACCUCUGGUGGCAGCCCCCUUGUGGGAAGCACCUGUGAUACAGAGAAUGGUCUGAAUGGCAGUGAGUCCUGAAUGUGAAUUGGUGGAGAUUGUUGAUUGUUCCAUCGUUCGUUCUGGUUUUCCCUUCAGCACCCUUAAUUAUAGAUGCCUCUUCCCUGAGAAAUAUGUUGAUUAUUUUGACAGUGUUUUUAAGUCAUAACAAGUCCUAAGAAGGUUAUGGAUACCAGUAAGAAACAAACAAAAAGGCUAAAGAUUGAGCAUGAAAACCAAAGAGAA